AUGAAUUCCUUUGUCAUUAGAACCCCUUGUUCCUCGGCCAACAUUGGCCCCGGCUUCGAUGUGAUCGGCCUGGCCCUGUCCCUCCACCUCGAACUCCAUGUCACCAUCGAUUCCUCCAAAUCCUCGUCCAAGCUCCCCUUGAACUGCGCAAUCACCUACGAAGACCAAAGCAAGAGCGCCGAGCAGAUUAGCCUAGACCCCGAAGUCAACCUGAUCACCCGUGUGGCCCUCUAUGUCCUGCGAUGCCACAACCAGCGCGCCUUCCCCGUCGAGACCAAGGUACACAUCAUUAACCCGAUCCCACUGGGUCGCGGUCUGGGAUCAUCGGGUACCGCUGUCGUUUCUGGUGUUAUGCUAGGUAAUGCGGUCGGCAAUUUGGGUUUAAGCAAGGAGCGUUUGCUCGAUUUCUGCUUGAUGAUUGAACGUCAUCCCGAUAACGUGGCCGCUUCCCUGUUCGGGGGUUUCGUCGGCACCUACCUGAAUGAACUCAAACCUGAAGAUGUUGCCCGCAAGGAAAUCCCUCUCAGUGAGGUUCUGCCAUCUCCUGCAGGUGGCAUUGACACCGGAUUAGAACCUCCAAAGCCUCCAAUGGGCAUUGGUCACUAUAGAAAGUUUGACUGGGCCCCAGAGAUCAAGGCAAUCGCCAUUAUCCCAGACUUUGUCGUCCCCACCGCCAAUGCCCGCAACGUCCUUCCUGAAUCGUACAGCCGAGCAGAUGUGGUGUUCAACCUGCAACGUGCAGCGCUACUGCCCGCAGCUCUAGGUACCUCCCCGCCAGACCCUGAUAUGAUUUUCCUCGCCAUGCAGGAUCGUGUGCACCAACCUUACCGCAAGACUCUCAUUCCCGGCUUGACCGAGGUCCUUCAGCUCAUGACCCCGGCUACUCAGCCCGGUCUCCUGGGUAUCUGCUUGUCAGGUGCAGGACCAACUAUCCUGGCCCUAGCAACCGAACGCUUCGAGGAGAUUGCAGACCGCAUCAUCGCACGGUUCGCCAGCAACAAUAUUACCUGCCAAUGGAAGCUACUGGAACCCGCAAAUGCGGGUACCACUGUGUCUCCGAACUAA